AUGUGGUCCAAACUUCUGACCGUUACCGCGGCCGUGGCCAGUCUCACUCCUUUUGUGUCUGCCUUCGACGCCGAGGCGAAGAACAACGUUGCGAUCUACUAUGGUCAAGGGUAUGACCAGAAACGUCUGAGUCAUUUUUGCGCCGAGACAUCCUUGGACAUCAUCAACCUUGGAUUCAUCGAUAUAUUCCCGGACCAGGGUCCUGCUGGAUGGCCGGGCAGUGAUUUUGGCAACCAAUGUGAUGGAACGACUUACCAAGUUGGCUCUGUCUCAACAGACCUGCUCAAGGGCUGCUACCAGUUGAUUGAAGAUAUCCCAAUCUGCCAAGCGGCGGGGAAGAAAGUUCUCUUGUCUCUUGGUGGCUCCACUCCAACUAAUCAGCAGAUUCUCUCCAAUUCUUCUGCUGUUAACUUUGCCGAUUUCCUUUGGGGUGCCUUUGGUCCGAAGACAGAUGAGUGGGUGAACAACAAUGGACCUCGUCCGUUUGGAGAUGUGGUUGUUGAUGGUUUCGAUUUUGACAUUGAACACAAUGGUGGUUUUGGCUAUGCUGUCAUGAUCAACCACUUCCGACAGCUAUUCAAGCAGGCUCCUGACCAAACCUUUUACAUCUCCGGUGCCCCUCAAUGCCAGAUCCCCGACAAACAGCUCGCCGAUGCAAUUACAAACUCUGUGUUUGACUUCAUCUGGGUGCAGUUCUAUAACACCGACGGUUGCGCUGCGAUCGACUAUGACUUUGUUAGUGAUGUUAGCACCGGCUUCAACUUCGAUUCAUGGGUCAGCUUCAUCAAUGGUGGCAAGAGCCGCAAUGCAAAGCUUUAUAUGGGUCUGCCCGCCAGCGCGAGCGCGGCAAACGCAGGCUUCUACAUCACGCCCGCGGAGGCCUCUAUCCUGGCAACCAAGUAUAUGGGUCUCUAUCCAGAUACCUUUGGAGGUAUGAUGGUUUGGGAAGCAACUGCCUCGGAUGAGAACUCGGUUGAUGGUGUUAGCUUCGCUGGUGCGAUGAAGGAUAUUCUCCUUGAGCUUGAUCCUCUUCCGGUCACUACUUCAUCUAGUGUAGCUGUUGCAUCCAGCACUCCUGUGCCCUCGACCACUGCUGUGCCCUCGAGCGUCCUUACCACGUCCAGCUCUGUUGUCUCGUCCAGCACUCUAUCUGCUGUGACCUCAAGCACCAUUGUGGUUCCUACCUCUCCCGUUUCCGCGAGCACUGUUGUGGCCCCAAGCACCCCGGUCCUGUCAAGUACUUCAUCUGCAACGAGCUCUCCGGUGGUGGUCAGCAGCUCUGUGUCCGUUCCUGCUAUCUCCUUGACUACAUCCGUUCACUCAACUACUCCAGUGCUGUCAAGCCUCUCUAUUGUUUCCAGCAGCUCUGUUGUUGCAAGCUCUCCUGUGGUGUCAAUUGCACCUGCGAUUACAACUUCGAGCAUUUCUUUCUCUCCUAGCCCUGUUGUUGCUUCAAGCUCGCCUGUUGCAUUGAGCAGCUCUGUGAGCUCAAGCAGCCCUGCUGUCCCGAGCUCCUCUGUGGUAUCAAGCGUCUCUGUCGCUUCAAGUGCUAUCGCAACUUCAGGCAUUCCUUUCUCCUCAAGCUCCUCUGUGGUACCGGUCUCUCCUAUUGCGUCCAGCUCUUCUGUGGUGUCAGGCUCACCUCCACCAAGUUCUCCUGCUUCUUCA